UGUGAACGUCGAGAAAUAAGCGGAAAUAAUGCAAGUUUGAAAUAAACACGGAGAAAUAUUUAACGAUUAAAAAUAUACACGGAAAUUGUGUUAAGUAGUUACAUAUAAUGGCUAGAUUCGAAACGCAACUGUGCCGGGAGUCUCCUACCUGUUAUAACAGUGAAAAUAUAUAUUUCAACGAUCUGCGUCUUAAUGAUGUUUCUAUUAUUGAACAACAAUGGAGUGCGUCAUAUUGUUCUGAUUCAAGUAACAAUCCAAGCUGUUAUAUAACUAAUGCAUGUCCGGGAACUAAUUUAUCUUCGAAUUCAUUCUACCGAUCACCACAAUAUUGUUCUGGUUCAUCGCCAAAAUUUGAUGAUACGGAAAAAGACUUUCAUGAGAUUUUACUCACACCCACUUCAACAAAAACAGUCGGUGUGCCUGCCGUGCGUAUAAUUAAGAAAAGAAAUACGGCCAACAAAAAAGAACGAAGAAGAACACAAAGUAUCAACAAUGCUUUUACAUGUUUACGAGAAAAAAUUCCUAAUGUACCAUCAGAUACAAAAUUAUCCAAGAUAAAAACGUUGAAAUUGGCUAUAUUGUAUAUUAAAUAUCUCGUUGAAGUAUUGGAUGGAGAUCAAGAUCCCAAGGCCGGAUUUAGCGCAGAUUUAAGGCCACUACACAGAAAAAGUUCCAGUGAUAGAAGAUCAUAUUUAAAGCACGAUUUGAAGAACAUUCAACGAUCCAACAAAGGACGCACCGGCUGGCCACAAGAUGUCUGGGCUUCGGAAUUGAUUCCUGAUCAGGAGUGAUAAAUAUUAUUGUGAUUUCUACUUUUUGUUUUAUUAAGUUGUAAGAUAAAAGCGAAUACAAUAUUUUAAUUAAGCGCUUAAAUAAUAUAUUGUUCUUCAAAGGGGGACAUCGAACCGCUAUUGCUCGCUAAUAGUGCAUGUAUGGUUUUUUAGUAUUAUACGUAUGCGUACACAUAUGUAUGUAUGUAUUACUAAAGACACACAUGUAACCAAUUAAUACAUACCUGAAUUAUUAAAUGUCGUUAAUUUUGUUUUUAGAUAUGGAUAUAUUAUUUACGCGUUAUGAUUUAGUAAUUAUUUUUAAGUAUGCAAGAAGUUCAGAAAAUCAACUUCAAAUAAAUAUCAAAACACAAGGUCUACAAACAUCUCUAAAAUCCCCUAAUUAGCAUAUAUGCAUGUAUAUACAUAUGUA